CAUUACUACAGCAAUAUUCCUCCAACAUCAGACCACAACUAUUUACAGAACUAAUUAAAUCCAGUAAUAACACAAAAGUACACAAUGGAAUUAAUUUCUUAAGCAAGCAAGCAGCCAUGGCAGAAUCCAGAGAUUACGUUGGAAACUUCCUGACAGAAUUUAAGGAGCAGAUAAUUACGAGGGCGACUCGGGUCAGUGACAUUGCUGAGGAUGUUAUCUCCCAAAGUCUGAUCCAUGAAGCAGCAGCUCAACAAGUGCAGGCUGCUCCAACCAAUCAGGAGGCAAUGCAGCUCCUGUUUAAGGCUUUGGAAAGACAGCCACCCCUAAACAGAGUGUCCUUCCAUCUCAUCCUGAGAAUGACAGAGCCUGAACUGAUUCAAGAACUAGAGUGGAGACAACGCAACAGCAAGCAUACACAAACAGAGAGAAUCAGUCCACCCAGUUCUCCCAGAGAAAAAAGAAGACAGGAUGACAGAAAUGGACAUUCAAGUGACACCCAGAAAAGAAAAGACUUUCUAAAAAGACGUAGACAGAAAACAAUGCGUGCCAUUGAGCAGAUCGAGAAACUUUGGGAAGGAACUAAGCAAGAAAGGACUGAGAUAGACAACAUGAGACAGAGGAUUCAGAAACAGCAAGAUGAGAUAGCCAGGAUGACCACAGAGAAAAGACAACUUGAGAGAACUAUUACUCACAUGAAAGCUGAGAUGGACCACAUCUGCGAAAGAAUGGAUCGUAAUAAAGAAGAGGUAAAUAGAGAGAGGGAGAGGAUUGAGCAAAUGAGAUCUGAUCUCCAAACUGAGCAAACCACCCUGGAGCAAAAGCAUGAUGAAAUCAUGAGAGAGAGACAGAACUUGGAGAUGAUCAGAUAUGAGACUCUGAGACAGAAGGAGGAGCUGGAGAGCAACCGUGAAAGCACAAAGUACGAGAUGGAACGAAUGGAACAAAUGAAAAGUACCAUACAAGUUCAGAUCAACGAGAUAGAGAUGAAGAUCGAGGAAACACAGAAAACAAAGUGUCAGAUGGAGCAGAUGAAAGCUGAAAUAGAGGAGGAAAAAACCGACCUGGAGAGAAAGAAGUACGACAUCAAGAGGCAAAGAGACCAAUUUGAGCAGAUUAAAGCUGACAUACAGCAAGUAAAGAUGGAAAUGGAACAAAGGUGGCAUGAAACAGAGAGAGAAGGGCUGGAACGGAGAGCUAUAAUUCAGAGAGAGAAAGAUGAGCUGAAAUACCUGCAAGAUGAGAUUCAAAGAACAAGAGAAGAGGUUGAAAGAAACAGAGAUUUUUCAAAACAAGAGAUUGAGAGAAUAAACCAGCUGAGAGCUCAAGCACUCACAGAAAACAACCUCAUUGAAAAGAAAUGGCAAGAUGUCUUAAGAAAAGAAAAAGACCUGGAAGAGAUUAAACAUGAAAUUGAGAGAGGUCGAGAGGAGUUGAUGAUGAAUGGAGAGCUGGUCAAAAAGGAAUGGGAACAAAUCGAACAGGCCAAAGUGGACAUACAAAAUCACAAGAUAUCUAUGGAUGCCAGAGUUGAGGAAAUAAAAACAGAAACUGAUAGGCUGAAACAUAUGAAAAUAGAGAUGCAGAAAGAUAAAGAUAUUUUAGAAAAACAGAAGGAAGACAUACAGAAAGCUAAAGAAGAAAUGGAGAAGAAGAGGUAUGAGAUAGUGAAAGAGGAGCUAGAGCACAGAGCUCGACUGCAGAGGGAGAGAGACGAGGUGGAGAGUUUAAGAGUAGAGAUACAAAGGGCUAACGAUACGGAGAAAGCAAAGAUACUGAAGGAGAAGGAAGAAAGUUUUAAGAUAAGAAAAGAAGCCAGACAAGAAAGAGAAAUUACAGAACGGAUCAAAGCAGAGAACAAGGCCGAAAAAGACAGCUUGAACCGAAGACAAGAGGACAUGCUGAGGGAGAGACAACAGCUAGAAAUAAUUAAACAUGAGAUAGACAGAGCCAAAGAGGAUAUCGAGAACAGCCAAGAAGUCACAAUCCGGGAAAAUGAGAAAAUGGAAAAAAUGAAGACUGAAAUUCAAGGACAAAUUGAAGAUAUUGAGAAGAAAAUUGAGGAGAUCCAAAAAACAAAAGAAAAAAUGGAGGAGACAAAGGCUGAGUUGGAGGAAGAGCGGGAGGAGCUGGAAACAAAGAGAGAAUUGGUGAGAAUAGAGACUGAACAGUGUGAGUUCCUCAGAAGUGAAAUCAUCAGGGUGAAGGAGGAAAUGGAGAACAGGUGGCAUGAAACAGAGAAAGAGGAAGUUGAACUCAGAGCGAAAACUCAGCAUGAGAUGGAAAGACUGGAAAAAUUAAGGGACGAGGUCCAAAUAUCCAAGAAAAACACUGAGGAGAGCAGGAUGCAUGCAAUGGAAGGACAGUCUUGAAAAAAUGAGGUUUCAGGCAGAAGAAGACAAACUUGCCGCUAUCAAACAGAUGGAUGAGGCUAAAGCAAAGAAAGAAGAGCUGACAAAAAUAAUAGAACAGAUGGAGAAAGAGCGAGGGGAGAUUAAUAACAACAGAGAACAGGCUAAACAAGAAGCAGAUGAAAUCAAAAGCAUGAGAAAUGAGCUACAAAAACAAAAGGCAGAAAUAGAGAACAGGAUUAGAGUUGCAAAACAA